AUCCUCAAAACCUGUAAAACCCAAAGCGCAAAGCUUUCUCCCAAGAACCCCAGGCGAAUCGUGAACGCUCUUCUUCUUGUUAUUAUUCAUACUAUCUGCUUGGUUACUGAGAAAGUAUAGGAAAAGGAAAGAAAAUAAAGGGAAAAUCUUACAUUUUUUGUUGCAACCGAGCUCGAACAAUCUAUGGUAUCGUUGAGUUUUGAUUUUCAGGUACAUGCCUUAGAAGCUCAUUUCCAUGCUAGACUCACUAAGGAACAUUGAGGUUCAUUUCCAUGCUAGACUCCCUAAGGAACAUUGUUAUGAAGUAAUGGCAUGCUAUAGGUCUUCACACCAUCACAUUCGCUUCCUAUGGGGAAAUCUUAAUUGCUGGAGAAGUAGCUUUUCGAGGACUCAGAAAAUUGGAAACAACUCAUGCUGUCUCCAGAGGCGAAAUCUCAUUCAUUCUCCAUCCAUUCUGUCUAGAAAGGGUUGUUGUACACUAUCCAAUAGUUUGGAUUCAAGCAUACAUGAAGUUGCUCAUACAAUAUCUUAUGGCAAUACGACAAUUUCUUCCAAAAGUGAAAGAAAACUAUGCCAAGGUGCAUUUGUUGAUUCUGUUGAUUAUAAAGAGAGAAAAAUGGAUAUUAGUUCUUCAAACGGUAGAGUAAUGCUAAUUGAUGGCACAUCAAUCAUCUAUAGAGCAUAUUACAAGCUUCUCGCAAAGUUGCACCAUGGUUAUCUAUCACAUGCUGAUGGCAAUGGAGACUGGGUUUUAACCAUUUUUGCAGCUCUAUCUCUUAUUGUUGAUGUUCUGGAUUUUAUCCCUUCACAUGUAGCGGUGGUAUUUGAUCAUAAUGGAAUUCCGUUUGGUCACACUUCUAUUUCAUCCAAAGAAAGUAUUAUGGCGAAAGGUCUGAAUUUUCGUCACACUCUGUACCCCUCAUACAAGAGCAACCGUCCACCUACACCUGAUACAAUUGUCCAGGGACUUCAAUACUUGAAAGCUUCCAUCAAGGCUAUGUCUAUAAAAGUGAUUGAGGUACCAGGUGUUGAAGCAGAUGAUGUAAUUGGAACUUUGUCUGUAAGGAGUGUUGAUGCUGGUUACAAGGUAAGAGUUGUCUCCCCAGAUAAAGAUUUUUUUCAGAUUCUCUCUCCUUCACUACGUCUUCUACGAAUUGCUCCUCGUGGAUUUGAGAUGACCUCAUUUGGAAUGGAGGAUUUUGCUAAGAGAUAUGGAAAUCUGGAGCCUUCUCAGUUUGUAGAUGUAAUCUCACUUGUUGGUGACAAAAGCGAUAAUAUUCCAGGUGUUGAAGGAAUUGGAAAUGUUCAUGCUGUGCAAUUGAUCACUAAAUUUGGUACAUUGGAGAAUUUGUUGCAAUGUGUUGAUCAAGUUCAAGAGGAACGUAUGAGAAAGGCCUUGAUAUCAGGUGCUGAUCAGGCUGUUCUAAGCAAGAACCUGGCAUUGCUUCGGUGUGAUCUUCCAUUCUACAUGGUUCCAUUCACCACCGAAGAUCUCAUAUUUACAAAACCGGAGGACAAUGGGGAAAAAUUCACGAGCCUCUUGAACGCCAUCAGCGCUUAUGCAGAGGGGUUUUCUGCAGAUCCGAUUAUCCGAAGAGCUUUUUAUUUGUGGAAGAAGCUUGAAAAACAGUGACUCGGGUGUUUUCUGCACAGUUUUCACUCUCGCUAGCUGGAAAUGAGCCUAACAAUCGCCAAAUGGAAGACCCUACAGCGAGUUCCUGUCCGUAUCCAACUUUGAAAUAUUUGCCGAUUACGGAAGUAAAUAUUUGUAUUGUACCGAACCAAAUCCAGAGCAAUUUAUGUUAAAUUCACAUUAGGAGAAAAUUGAACAUUUUUUCAUGUCCUGAAUCUGAAUGUAACCAAACAGAACUUGAGUUCUUCAGAAUGAUAUGCAUACAGAUUUCUAAGUCAAA